AGCAGCUGGCCCUGUAAACGUGGCUGGUGCGUGGUUGAGUGAGGUGCGCUAGAUAGUGUACUGCGCUUUGAAAUGCUUUUGUGAUACCGAAGUGGGGCCGUAUAAUGUGACAGUGAGAUUCUAGUAGGGCUGAGCCGACCCGGAUGUGUGGAAUCGAUUUAUCGUGCUUCUUCGUCUCGAACCAUGACGGUUUCGUCCGGUUCUUGACGUUUGGUGCCGGCUUUUUUGUCGUGCACCUUUGGUGAAUUAUGAGUGGUAAGCGCAAGCCAUCCACAGCAUCGAAUAACGCUUCGAGUGAUGAGGAGGACGUGGGACGGACGGCAGACAGCAAACAUGACACUUCAGACACUGGCUAUGAAUCAGUGGGCUCACCUGGGAGCGUCAGCACCAUCAGCGUCUGCAGCGAGCAAGCGCUGGAGGAGUUGCGCGCUUCCCAGCCUCCUCCAGGGUCAGGCCUAUGGCCAGGUGCUCGGGAAACCUCUGGUGCUCGACCGAAGACGCAGCCGAAGAAGAAGAAGAACCAGGUGGCACUGUGUGAGCAGGCGGAAGUCAGCGACGACCACGAGUCUGUUCUCUUGACCCCUAAAAGUCGGUACAAACGAGAGCCGCUGCCGAUGAAGCUGAGGGCGCUGCCGCAGUCGUUCUGGCAGCAACCCAACACCAACAGCACGGCUCCGAGCAGCGCCGCCCUGCCGCCGCUGGUCACCACGGCCAGGGACUCGCAGGACCUCAGCGACGUGCGGCCCAUCACUCCGCCGGACCGCUCGGACCGCGAGCGUACCCGCAGCCUCACCGUCGGCAACACGGACCUGCUGUUCUCGCUGUUCGACGGCGUGGACCCGAGCGUUCAGCGGCGCCGCGUGGCCAUCGUCAAACGCGGCAGGCCGAAGAAGGUGACGUCCACGCUGCCGCGCGUCUCUCUGGAUGACGACCCGUACAUGUCGAGCGCUGCGUCCGACCCCAUCCUUCCGCUGUUGCCGGAGCGAACCAGCCAGCCGGGCACGCCGGCCGCCGGCCGCGGCACGCAGAUUCUCUCGGUGGUGCAGAUCCCCGGCGGCGGCCGAGAGACCAUCUGCCUGCCCUCACUGAGCGUCGAACACAACUACUCCAGUGUCCUGUCGCAGCUGGUGAUGAAGCUCUGAGCACCGCGUCAGUCGGCUGAUAAUCACCGGAGUGUGACGUCACGUCACUCAGAGGUGACGUCACACCGACCGGAGCUGGGGUGGCGAGCGAGUCGCGAGUGUGUGUGAGCUGAGCCGGUGAGGUACUUAGUGAGUUUGUGUGAGCUGAGCUGGCGAGGGACUCAGUGAGUUUGUGUGAGCUGAGCUGGCGAGUGGCUCAGCUGUGCACUGGGUCCUGUGCGGUGUGAACUGUGCUUUACGAAUCCAGAUCAGUCAGUUGUGAUCUGUGCGAUGUGCCCUUUGCGUGAGUUUCGUGUGUGCUGUUGCGUGUGUGUAUUUAUCAGAUCCGUCCAGCCCGGAGGACUAAGGCCCUAUCGAAUCCGUCCAUAUCGAAUAUCAAGUGUUAUGUGCAAGUACAAACGUGAUCGCUGUAAAUAGGAUGAGAUGCGAGCCAUAUUUUCAGAGCGCACUGUCGGUAAUCGAGCCGUCCGCCGGAGAUUUGUGGCUCAAAAAACUCUAUUUUGUAAGACAUCUCGACGUGACGGUGCGUGUGCUUUGUGGAGAGCGUUGAAUAUGCUAUUUAAGCUCCCGUCGCGGUAGUGGGUAGUCAUUAGAGUAGAUCUGUUUCACCGGCCUGCACUUAGAUGUGAGACAGUUUUUCACCCGCACCAAUGGCAUGGAUCUCUCACAUGUAGCGGUUUGCAUGUUGUCACAAAUAUUUUUUUUUCCGGUCAAACUUUAUGCUGUAAGAUGAGUGCUCUUUCAGUUUGUCUUUUUCCACAAAACAGCCAAAAUUCGUGGUAGUUCUGAAAGAUCUAGUCAUGAUAAAGAUAUGUCCUCUUUUACAAUAUGUGAUCUAGUCAUCACCCAUGAUGUGAGCUGUACUUAUUAAAUAUAUGUUUUUAAUAUAAAUCUGAUUCAGAUUAAGGUUUAUCUGAGCUAAAUCAUUUUAAUUUAUUGUCCGUAUUCUCUACACAUCUGAGAAGUAUGACAUGGACAGCAAGGUGUAAUCGUUGCUCACUUUAGUCCAGGUGUCGUAUUUACAGAUUAUCCUCGGCUCCUGGCUCAGUAACGGAUCUCUUUCGCAUGUCGCCCGUCCGUCCAUGCUCGUCUUACAGUGAGAUACCGCCUUACGUGUUGAUCAGUAGCCGCCAAUGUUCCGUCAAUGUUCAGUGCAACCACACGAUCACGCCCAGCCUAGAAUCCGUCAAUGUCCAGCGCUACCAAACGAUCCCGUCCAGCCACUAGCCCGUCAAUGUCCAGUGCUGUCAAACGAUCCCGUCCAGCCACUAGCCCGUCAAAUGUCCUCUAUCAAACGAUCCCGUCCAACGAAUGCCUGCGUAAUGUUUGUACCGCACCCCUCGUUGUAUCUGGUGACGUGAGGCUGGCGACGGGAGCUCGCUGAGCCAUGGGACACCCGCCUCCGUCCCUUCACCCACACAGACACGUCCCCUCUUCCGUCUCCUCACACACAUACACUACCAUCGUGCCGCAGGCAUCUGCACUCUGCAGUCCAUACCAGCACGGCUUCUUUUCGAGUUUGUUUACGCUAGUCUCCGCUCCGCACAGAAGCCUCGCACGUUUGUUACGUCGAGCGUUUUGUUGCGCGCUAUUUUCUGCGCUCGUCGCCGGUCUGAUUUACCGUCUGCUGUUUUGUCGGGGCGUGUGAGCCUGGUGGAGGUGUCUGACUGGUACAGACGCCGAUCAUCGCGGCUGUGUCAGAGACAGAGGGCGUCGGCCGGCUCCUACGCCGUCUGCCGGCGCUGCGCCGCCCGCCGGGUACGGCCCGUCACCCCGGUACAGUACCGCCCGCCGG